GGGACUCCCGUGGAGAUGGCUUGCGCAGCUGCGCGGUCCUUGUCCGACCAGGACAGGUUUAUUUGUAUCUACCGUGCUUACUUAAAUAAUAAGACCAUAGCGGAGGGGAGGCGGAUUCCCAUAAGUAAGGCUGUAGAAAACCCUACCGCUACUGAGAUUCAGGACGUAUGCUCAGCAGUUGGACUGAAUGCAUUUCUGGAGAAAAACAAAAUGUACUCCAGAGAAUGGAACCAUGAUGUUCAGUACAGAGGCAGAGUCCCGGUACAGCUCAAACAUUAAGGUGGCAGCCUCUGUCUUGUACAGUUCCCAUCACGGAAGUCAGUGAUACUGUAUGUAGCAGAAAUGAUACCCAAGCUAAAAACAAGAACAACAACAACAAAAAAAGAUGGUGCUGACCCAAGUCUUCAGCA